GGUUGGAGGUUUAUCUCAGUCCCUGGCUGUGGGUUUGCAGAUAGCCAUGCCGCUGGAGGUGCUGAGAGAGUGUGAUGGGGCUUUCAGAGCACAGCUGCCCCCUGACCUACAAAGCAUCAAACUGGACAAACUUCAGAUGGGGCAGGACUGUGCCGACAGGUUUGUUCAGGGUGCUGUGUUUCUGAGGUAUCCACCACAUCAACUUGGGACCAUGGAGAAAGUGAUCAAGCUUGUGUUAGAGGAGUCCUCUGAAGAGGCCCUUGGCUCAAAACAAAUCAAUGUCUUCCUUUUCGGGUCCCUGGUGGACGAGUGUGAGCCUGCUCUUCAACAAGGGGUCACCGUGGCUAUCACUGGCUUCCAGGUUAGUCAUUCUCCCACCUUCAGCAAGGAUGGACGUCACACACUCCAGCUGGAGCUUUCAGAGCAGACAGGAGCAAGAGUGUUUGUGUACGAGCAGACACUGGGAAGACCUCCAGUGACGGGAACUAAAGGCCCCAUCGUUCAGAGGACCAAGGACUAUGUCUACAUCCCCCUGAAUGAAGUCAAGGAGGGCCUCACAGUCAACGUGUACGGAGUGGUGAAGUUCUUCAAGCAGCCUGUUCCCAGCAAAGGCACAGAUUUCUACUCCACUCUGACCCUGGUGGAUCCGUCCGCAGCUCGGCUACACUGUGUGCUCUUCAGUGGUAGCCUGGAUCUGCUCCCCCAAAUCUACAAAGUGGGUGAUGUGGUGCGUUUCCACAGGCUCAAGAUACAAUGUUAUGAGGGUGACCUGCAGGGUGUAAAUGGCCCGGGGUUCUCUGCGCUGACCUUUGACGGAGCUCUGGAGGCUGGGGUGACCCCUCGCACAGCCAGCAAGAGUUACCAGUUCACCAGCACCGACCGGAAGAUAGUUAGAGAGCUGCGGAGCUGGGCCAAGGCCAACCUGCUGGCCCCAGACACACUGCGGCUCAAAGAUAUUCAGCAAAACACCAAGUAUCUGGACCUGACCUGCCAGCUCCUGGCCAAGGCACGGCUCGAAGCCUCCACCGUCCUGCUCAAGGUGUGGGAUGGCACCAAGUGCCAGCGACCGAUUUGGCAAGUGAACUUGGAUGGCUACAAGCUGGAUGGUGAUGCCAAUGCCAUCGAGAGUCUGCGGGGGCUGAGUGUGGAUGUGCUCGUGUACGAUAACCACGCCAGCACAGCAAGCAGCCUGCAGGUGGGGGCGUACCUCAGGCUCCACAACAUCCACCUCAAGUUGCCAGAGGGGAGCGAGGUGACAGAGCUUCACUUGCACGGGGGGACCUCCUAUGGUCGCGGUGUCUCUGUCCUUCCCGCAGACAGCCACGACAGCAAACGGUUACAAAGGUCUCUGGAGGCUGCGGUGAGGAACGAUGCGGACAGCCUGGCCCAUCUGUCUCUGAUGGAGGCUCUGAACAUCUCCACAGCACCCGCAGCGACCUGCCAAUCGACUAACAACUGCCAAAAGACUAAAGGUGCAUCAAAGCCCGAGCAGCGCUGCCAGGAGGAAUCUGCCGCAGUGCUCACUGCCCACCAGCACAUCGCGGCCACAGCGCUGGGGGCCGUGCUGAGCCAGGAGCCCCCCUGCAAGUACCGCAUCCGAGCCCAGCUGAUGGACUUCCAACCCCGAGGCCUGCAUCAGUCUGUCAAACUGCACUGUCCUGCCUGCCAGGCCUGGCUGGAGAUUCCAGAGAGGGAGGAGGUUGAUGCAGUGUUGAGGGGGGUCCCGGACCUGCUCCCCAGCCUUGCCCUGUGCCCCGCUCCCUGGUACCAGACAGUGACCUGGCACUCACUGAGUCCGGAGAAACUGAUGGCAGCUCACAUUGUCCUGGCCAACGGGGAGGAGGAAGCACCAGAGAGCAAGGCCAUCCUGGCGGAAGGGGUCACAGUGCGGGAGCUGCACAGACUGUCCCGGAGAUUUGGGAGUGUCAUUCCUGUCUGCAGGCGCUCCGAACAGCUGACGCUGAUGGACUGCUCCGUCCCUUUCGUGAUUGAAGGCCGGAAAUGGCAUUACGGAUGCAAGAAUUGUUCCACACCUCGACCAGUGGAUGCCCUUCAGUCACUGCCCUCAGGAGAGCCAUGGAAAGCGUCAGCCAUCGCUAGAGUGUUAGGUGUUCAGAUGCUGCACUAUGUGUUUGUCAUGAAGUUUACCCUCUCGGACGGAUCAGGCAGUCUGGAUGCACUGCUGUGGGAUGAAGCGGAAAAAUUCUUCGGGAUUCCAGCGUCUGACGUCGUGGGAGACGAGUCCUUGCAGGAAAAGCUGAGAAGAAUUCUGGAGACACUAUGUCCCUCAAAGCAGGGCCCAGAAGGCUAUCCCUGGCUGGAGUGUUGUAUCAAGUCCUAUCGUGUCAGAGAUGGUUCCAAUGACAAGACUUGCUUCCAGAUGUUUGACACCAUAGUUGUAGGAAUUGAAGAACUUUAACCCUUCGCCUGCCAACAAUGGUCUCCCUAACCCUCAGCGAGACACCAAGCUCAGCACUUUUCACAAGCUCCCAGUUAUUUUCCCACAGAUAUAGUUUGUCAACCCCAUCAAACCUUCUGCUCAGUCAGUGGAGCUGGGACAUUCCGGUUUGAGCUGGCACUCGGUUGGCCCUCCAGUGCAGUGUGGUGGGGUGGGCACUGCACUGUCGGAGAUGGCCCCCUUCAGAUGAAAUAUUGAACCAACUUAAAUCCUCUGAGCCUGUUUAAACGAAUGUUAAAAGGUUCUGUGAUUGGGAAGGAGAAGUGAGAUUCUCCCAGUUUGCUGGUUGACAGUUCUCCAGAUGAAUUGCUCGUUCACCUCGUGGCUGUUUGCGAGACCUCUCUGUUUGUGAACUGGUUGCCGCUUUAGCCACAAAAUACAGCCGCUGUAUUUGCCAGAGGUUACCUGGAGACGAUUUGCCACAUUGAGGCGCUAAACAGGUGGCAAAUGCUUUGGUUUUAAGAAGGCUUUUUCGUGAGGGUAUCUUCCGAACAAUGGCCCCACACACAAGGCAGUUCACAGAACCUCAAACACAGCAGAGCUCCUCAGCUGUUAAGGAGUUAAAGAUCCAAGUUCAUUAAAAGUUGAAGCAUCUUAAUCUGUUUUAAGUGUGUUGGAAGCGUCCUAAUGUUCACUCCAGCUCCCUUAGCAUCCAGUUAUUCAGCAGUGAGAGAUUUAUUGGGUUGCAGCAAACUGAUGUCAAUGAGCUCCCAUUGAAAGAGCCUCUGAGGCUGAUUGUAAGUUCCUUAACGACAUGGCCUGAGUCUGGUCAUCAGCAGCCUCCCCUACUCCUGGAGGAGAGAGGAUGGUUUGUACUUUAUCUAGAUUAUCUUUAUUUGGGGGGAAACAUUGGGGUUUGUAGUUGUUUAUGCUAUUUAGUUAUCACUUCAGCUCCUUCCUGUCUGCUUUGGUAGAGACUGGGAGACGCUUAUUUGGCUAAGGAAGCAGCAUGGUGACAGGCUCAGGCCUUUGGUUGUGGGACAGGCCCAGUGAGGAAUCCAGGAUGGUUCAGGCAAUAAAAAGCUAGGCUUCCUCAGACAGUAGAAUGGAAGGUGGAAGUGACCAGGCAAUGAGGAGACCUGUUCAGUCCCCACACACAACCCCAUCUAUCAGGAGAACCAGAGACAAGAGAACUUUUCAGCGUGUGACUGAAGUAGAAAGGAGAAUCAUUUAGGGAGCAAGACAAUAUUCUGUUAGUCAGUUUAGAGUUUAAGUGCAGACCUGUUGUUGAAAAGUGACUUGAUGUUUUCUGUUUGCUGGCUGCAGCCAAAAUGUUGAGGCCAAAAGUUGUGUCGAGCUUCAGAAUUGAACCAUUAAUAUCUGCAGCUCUGGAGGACAAUUCCACCUGUGGUGGCUUUCUGAAAAGCUGUAUGUUCAGUCCCUUUCAUUGCUCCCUUCACCAUUUUCAGAUCAUUCUCUCAACGUGGUUUUUCACCGUUUUGUAUACAAGUAAAUGCAACAUGGAUAGCAGAAAUAAGGGGCUUUUGUGUGAAUUGAUGGCAGUUUUGUACCAGGAGGUAGGCUCAGAGUUCACAGCUCCAACUAACAAUCAAUGUAAAUCUUGUCUUUACAAUGAGGUUAGGAAAUUUCAACAAAUCACCAAAUACAUGUUGCUUCUGUACAUAACCUUUAUUGGCACAACAGUCAUUCUCAUUUUAUUAAAUGCUACUAUAUUGUAUAUAUACAGUGUUCAAAGAAUUUAUAUAAGCUGUGAAUUAGAUACUAUGCGAAUGCAUUGAAGUGUUGUAAUGAAUCUUUAUAAUAAUAAUAAUAAUCCUUGCAUUUGUUAUAGCGCUUUUCACGUCGGGAGGACGUCCCAAAGCGCUUCACAGAACACACUGUAAAGUGAAUUGACUGUAUAUUUGUGGGUGAACGCGGCAGCCAAUUGCGCACAGCAAUGUCCCACAAACAGUCGUAGAUUGAAAAUGACCAAUUUAUUAUUGUUUUUGGUUUUGGAGGGAUUAUUAUUAGGCGUGUGGCGUAAGGAAACUUGCCCAAGGUUUCGCCCUGCCUGGAAUUGAAUUCAGGUCUCUCGCUUGCCAAGCGAGUGCUCUAACCACUGAGCUACAGGACUCCACAGGGAGUCCACUCCACAGAGACUUUUUAGGGAAAAAGUCAUCUGCUGGAUAAACAUUGAAGAAUGUUCCAGGAAUAACAUUUUUUGUAACCUUUGGCCAGAAUGUUCAUUUUGUAAUUUGUAAUAAAUACAAC